AUGGACCCAAAACAAUCAGCAGCCUCGGACGAGGAGGACGACUACAUGAACAUGACCUUUGAAGAGCCCCCGGCCGCCAAGAAAACCCAACCAGAAACUUCCCUCCAGCGGCGUCAGCGUCUCAAGCGCGAGGGCGAGAUCCGCGGGCGCGUCAAGUCCAAGGAGGAGCUCGCGGCCGAGGAGGCGGAAGCGCGCGACAAGGCCCUCUCGCGGUCGCUCCUCGAGGACGCGGCCGCCAAGAAGAGCAAGGGCCUCGCGAUGAUGGCCAAGAUGGGCUUCAAGGGCGGCGCGCUUGGCGCCGCCGGCGAAGGCGCGCGCACGGAGCCGAUCGCCGUCGAGAUCAAAGAGGACAGGGGCGGCAUCGGGAUGGAGAGCGAGAGGAAGCGCAAGAUGCGGGAGGCGGCGGAGCGGAUCGAGGAGGAGGUCAGGGAGGGCAAGAGGGUCAAGGUCGACCCGCUGGAGUACCGGGACCGGGUAAGGCAGGAGAGGGAGGCGGCGAGGGUGCAGGCGCAGGUCUUUGCGGCACAGAGGGUCGCGGAGAGGAUGGCGGACGAGAAAGAUGCCGAGGGUGGCUCGCAGGUCGUCGCUGUCCACGGCAACGGCGGCGAGGAGGCGGGCACCAAGAAGGAAGGGGUGGGAAACCCGGCUCCCGGCGCCGCAGCGAGACCACUCAAGUCCAUCAACGUUCUCUGGCGGGGUCUGGCGCGGCACCGGGAGGAGAAGGAACGGGAUCGGCGGAUGCGAUAUGACCUGGAGCAGAGCCUCUCGCGGCUGCCGACGUACGAGGAUGACCAGGAGGACGAGGACGACCGCACGGCGCUGGGCAAGAAGCGCACAGUCUACGUCACGGCGGAGGACCUGGACGAGGAGGAUCCCGAGCUGGACGAGUUCAACGAGCUGGAGGAUUCUGAGAAGUUGAUGCGGCUCGUGGAGUAUCUGAGAAAGGAGCAUCGGUACUGUUUCUGGUGCAAGUUUACUUAUCUAGACGACGAGAUGGGGGGAUGCCCCGGCGUCACAGAGGAAGAUCACGAUUAG